GAUGAGGUGGGUGUGGACGGGGACUUUUAUUCUGAAGUUUUUGCGGGCGGUAGUUUGAUAGCGGAAGUCCGUGCCGCUGGUGGUUGCAGUUCAGGCGGAUCCCGUCAGUGUCUGAUCUCAAACUUUCUGUCAAACCAAAAAACGUCUGAAAGCCGGUGACAUGGGGGAUAAGGAGUUGAUGUGGGCCCUGAAGAAUGGUGAUCUGGAUGAGGUGAAGACUCUGUUGGUGAAGGCGGAGGACGUGAACAGGACUCUGGAGGGCGGUCGGAAGCCUCUUCAUUACGCUGCAGACUGUGGUCAUUCAGAGAUGUUGGAGUUUCUUCUGUCUAAAGGAGCAGAUGUCAAUGCUCCAGAUAAACACGGUAUUACCCCUCUGCUGUCUGCCAUUUAUGAGGGUCACGUGACCUGCGUCAAGAUUCUUCUAGAAAAGGGGGCUGAUAAGGAGCGGAAAGGUCCGGAUGGUCUCAGCGCACUCGAGGCGGCCGAGAGCGAGGCCAUCAAAGAUCUACUGAAGUGAGUCACUUGCUGCUGAACAACAGAGAGGAUUGAGCCUGCAGCCAUCGAAUCCAACAAACACACACAAACUCACUCACACACACGCCUCUCUGUCUCCGCCCACUGACUGCAUCAGCUCCUCUUGCUUUCCUGUUGUUUUAGUUUUUUCAUGAUCUUAUUUUAUUUUGGGAGACGAGCAGCUGCUGUCUCCUCUAGUUUAUCAAAAGCAGCCAUUGGCUGAUGGACCUGUCACUCAUGCCUCCGUAAGGACCAAUGGGAAAGCCGUCGGACUCCGCCUGUAUGACAGCAUGAAACACAGUAGAGUAGAGAAUGAAAUUGAUGUGUGCAUUUAUUUUUUUGGACUGUAAAACAAAAAAGGAGCGAUUGUGAUUUAGAAAUGAGUGGUCAGUUCAUAGGAUUUUGAAAAAGAAAACUACACUCCGGCCCGACGUCAAUCAGACGACAUUACUGCAUAUUAGAUAAUCAGAAAACAAACAAAAGAACACUCAGACACUUCGAUCAUUUUACUGGCCACACAUUUGCUUUGUGCCCUCUUGAAUUUUUGUUGUUGCAGAAAUAAAUAAAAUAAUUCUCAGCUGUUGUGUGUUUUUAGAAACGUCUAUCAACAUGAAGAGAGACCUGACUCUCUCUCUCUCUCUCUCUCUAGAGGUAGACAUGUCUUACUCUACAAAGUAGAGACGUUUUCUGCUGUCCAGACGAGAUGUCAUACUCUUCUGUCUGGAAUCUUUCUCUUUAUUUCUCCCUCCCUCCCUCUCUCUAUCCCUCUCUCUAUCUCUCUCUCUCUCUGCAUGAUGGUAUUUCAGAUUUUCAUUUCAGUAUUCAGAAUCUUCUCAUUGAUCCUCAAGUGAACGUUUAAACAUCCAUAUCUGGCAUUGUUGUAAAGUCAGUUUGAAAACAAAUAAAGUGAUUUCAAAUGA